GCCUUUAUUCUUUCGCCUCUUUCUCUCAAUCCGUAACCCUAUCGGCUUUUGCCGCCCACGAUUAGGGUUUCGCUUUCUCGUCGAUCGCCCCACUUUGAUCCUCGGAUUUAGGUUUUCAUCCCGCUUAGGAAAUGAUGCAAGGUGGAGGAAUGGUUCCGCCUUCGAUGGACCAGCAGUAUCAGAUGCAUCCACCUCCGCAGUAUCAGAUGCCGCCGCCGACACAGCCUGUUCCGCCACAAUGGGGAACCGUUCCACCGCCUGCGCCUCAACCGCAGUACCCUCCGGCGCAGCCGAUUCCGAUGUGGAGCCAGCAACCUGCUCAGAUUCCUCCGGCGCAGUCUAUGCCGCCUAUGCAGCAGCCGCAACAAUUUCAACCCCAGUAUGGCGCGCCCAUGCAAACACUUGCCAACGUUCCUUUCCCGGCUGCGCAACCUCAGUCUGCCGACGAGAUUCGCACUCUCUGGAUUGGAGACCUGCAGUAUUGGAUGGAGGAAUCAUACAUCAGUAAUUGCUUCGCGCAAAGCGGGGAGGUUGUGUCUGUGAAGCUUAUCAGGAACAAGCAAACUGGGCAAUUGGAAAGCUAUGGUUUUAUUGAGUUUACUUCUCGUGCGGCUGCAGAGCGAGUCCUUCAGGCUUACAAUGGAACAUUGAUGCCUAAUUCUGACCAAGUUUUCAGGUUGAACUGGGCAUCUGCAGGUGGAAAAAAGGGUGAUGAUGCUGGUGAUUUUACAAUAUUUGUUGGGGAUUUGGCAUCUGACGUAACAGAUUUUAUGUUACAAGAGGCAUUUAGGAGCCACUAUCCAUCCGUGAAGGGGGCGAAACUUGUUACAGAUAGAAUUACUGGGCGUUCAAAGGGCUAUGGAUUUGUUAGGUUUGGAGAUUUGAGCGAGCAAACUCGAGCCCUGACUGAAAUGAAUGGGGUUUAUUGUUCUUCUAGACCCAUGCGGGUUGGCCAAGCAGCCAGUAAAAGGUCUACUGAUGGGCAGCAGCAAGAUUCCACAAAAGCUUCAUUCCAAAGUGUUCAGGGAAACAAUUCGGAGAGUGACCCAAACAACACCACUAUUUUUGUUGGCGGCCUGGAUCCAAAUGCUACGGAGGAUAUCUUGCGACAGAUUUUUAGCCCUCAUGGAGAACUGGUUCAUGUGAAGAUUCCUAUUGGAAAGCGUUGUGGCUUUGUUCAGUUCGUUAACAGAGCUUCUGCAGAGGAAGCUUUAAUGAUGUUGCAGGGAACUCAGCUUGGUGGGCAAAAGAUGCGCCUUUCAUGGGGUCGUAGUCCAAAUAAGCAGCCGCAGCAAGACACUAAUCAAUGGAACGGAAACUACUAUGGGUAUGGACAAGGCUAUGAAGCAUAUGGGUAUGCUCAAGCUCCUCAGGAUCCGAACAUGUAUGCAUAUGGAAAUUAUCCAGGAUAUGCAAAUUAUCAGCAACAGCAGUGAAUUUUACUGGGAAUGCGUCAUUUGACUUGCAGAUGAUAGCAUUUGGUAAGCAGUAUCUUGAAUUUCACUAGCCGGUUUAUUAGGUCGGGUUGCAGGGUACCUUAACGUGGAUAUAAUAGAUUAUGUUUGGUUCAUCUUCAGAGGCUGCAUUAUUUACGCUUUUUAAGUUUUUCCUUGGCAAUGAUACGUGAGUGUGUUGUCUUAACUCUAGUUACCUUUUCUCUGUAAUUUCUAUGAUUGAGAAGUAUCAAAUUAACUGAGUAGCCGUUAGUAUUUCUGGAUUAUUAAUGAAUGAAACUGGUCUAUUCUAGCUUUUUUUGCUAA